AUGGCAGGUCAAAUCCACCUUGAAAUUGAUGACCUCACAGCUGCUUCCAAAAGGCUUUCACAACUCCAGCAAUACUUCCAACCCGAUAACCCGAGAUUUGAGACAAACCCGGGUGAAAAAGGCGAAAAGGAACUCGAUACAAUCCGCGAGAAAACAAUGGCAGACAAAGACCCGAUUACUUGCCAUGUGCUAAACACUUAUACUGGCCGCCCAGGGGCAGGAAUUCUAUGUUUUCUGACGUUAGUCAAUUCCGAAGUCAAACCAACUUCUCCUUCUUCUUCCACAACCAACAAACAGCCUAUGUUCACAGCAACUACGGAUUCGGAUGGGCGGGUCAAAAAUUGGUCUAGUGAGGGCGACUCUGUAUCUGUUUCUUCUACCCUAGCACAGCUGCCCAACCGAGCGGGGUCAAACACAUCACGCUCAACCUGGAGCCUUCGGCUCUGUGGAGUUGACCAGUGGUACCGUGAGCAGGGUGUUGAGGAUUGUUUCUGGCCAGAGGUGGAAGUACGAUUCGCAGUUGACGGCAGAGAGGGCGAGGAGGGAUGGAGGCACUAUCAUGUUCCUGUGCUGCUCGGACCGUGGAAUUAUUCCACCUAUCGUGGAUCGUGA